GGAGUUUAACACAGCGCCUCAAAGCAACGGUGCAGAAAUCACUUCUGACAUUACAUACCAGCGUUUACUCACCGCCAACUCUCUGCUGGGGGACAGGGAUUGUUAACAUAUUGGUAUUGUCCGAAGGUGGACAACUAGUGAUCGAAGAAACCUGAGGAGUAGCAGUGUGCCGCAGUGUCAGUCAUGGUGGCGCUGUCGCUGAAGAUCGGGGUGGGCAAUGUGGUGAAGACCAUGCAGUUCGAGCCCUCCACCGUGGUGUACGACGCCUGUCGAAUCAUCAGGGAGAAAGUCCCAGAAGCACAGCUCGGCCAGCCCAGUGACUAUGGCCUGUUCCUGUCAGAUGAGGACCCAAAGAAAGGCAUUUGGCUAGAAGCAGGCAAAGCCCUGGACUACUACAUGCUGAGAAAUGGAGACACACUAGAGUACAAAAAGAAACAGAGACCCCUGAAGAUCCGCAUGUUGGAUGGAACUGUUAAAACAGUCAUGGUGGAUGACUCAAAAAUCGUCAGUGACAUGCUAAUGACCAUCUGUGCCAGAAUAGGCAUCACAAACUAUGACGAGUAUUCGCUGGUGCGUGACGUGGGAGAGGAAAAGAAAGAAGAGACCACAGGAACACUAAAAAGAGACAAGACCCUCCUGAGGGAUGACAAAAAAAUGGAGAAACUCAAACAGAAACUUCACACAGAUGAUGAGUUGAAUUGGUUGGAUCAUGGGCGGAUGCUGCGAGAGCAGGGUGUCGAGGAGUCUGAGAUGCUGCUUCUCAGGAGAAAGUUCUUCUACUCGGACCAGAAUGUGGAUUCCAGGGACCCAGUACAGCUCAACCUGCUCUAUGUGCAGGCCCGUGAUGACAUCCUGAAUGGCUCCCACCCUGUCUCCUUUGAUAAGGCCUGUGAGUUUGCCGGAUACCAGUGCCAGAUCCAGUUCGGAGACCACAAUGAGUCUAAACACAAACCUGGAUUCCUUGAUUUGAAAGAAUUCUUGCCCAAAGAGUACAUCAAGAACAAGGGCGAGAAAAGGAUCUUCCAGGCACACAAAAACUGCCAAAACAUGACCGAGAUUGAGGCCAAAGUCAGCUACGUCAAACUAGCCAGAUCUCUGAAAACCUAUGGAGUGUCCUUCUUCUUAGUCAAGGAAAAAAUGAAAGGAAAGAAUAAGCUUGUUCCGCGUUUGUUGGGCAUCACUAAAGAGUGUGUGAUGAGAGUGGAUGAGAAGACCAAAGAGGUGAUACAGGAGUGGAGUCUGACCAACAUCAAACGCUGGGCCGCUUCUCCCAAGAGCUUCACGCUGGACUUUGGAGACUAUCAGGAUGGUUACUACUCCGUUCAGACCACCGAAGGAGAGCAGAUCGCACAACUCAUCGCUGGUUACAUCGACAUCAUUCUCAAGAAGAAAAAGAGCAAAGAUCACUUCGGCCUGGAGGGCGAUGAGGAAUCAACCAUGUUGGAGGACUCCGUGUCUCCCAAUAAGUCAACAGUUCUCCAGCAGCAGUUUAAUAAGGUCGGGAAGGUGGAGACGGGCUCUGUCGCUCUGCCGGCCAUCAUCCGCUCUGGUGCCGGAGGUCCGGAGAGCUUCCAGAUGGGCUCCAUGCCACAGGCCAAACAGCACAUCACCAGCGGACAGAUGCACCGAGGACACAUGCCCCCUCUGAUAUCAGCUCAGCAGGCUUUGACUGGCACCAUUAACUCCAGUAUGCAGGCGGUGCAGGCAGUUCAAGCCUCUCUCGUUGAGUUUGAUGCCCUGCCUCCACUGGGCACUGAUGCGGCAUCUCAAGCAUGGAGGAAGAAUAAAAUGGAUGAGUCCAAACAUGAGAUUCACUCUCAGGUGGAUGCCAUCACUGCGGGAACUGCCUCCAUGGUCAAUCUGACUGCAGGUGACCCGGCAGAGACGGAUUACACCGCUGUGGGCUGUGCUGUCACCACCAUCUCCUCCAACCUGACCGAGAUGUCUAAGGGUGUCAAACUGCUGGCGGCGCUGAUGGAGGACGAGGGAGGACAUGGCCAACAGCUUCUGGGUGCUGCCAAGAGCCUGGCGUGUGCUGUGUCUGAGAUGCUCAAGACCGCUCAGCCCGCCAGUACUGAGCCGCGACAGAACCUCCUGCAGGCAGCGGGUAAUGUGGGUCAGGCCAGCGGUGAACUCCUGCAGCAGAUCGGAGAGUCCGACACAGAUCAGCACUUCCAGGACAUGUUGAUGCAGUUGGCGAAGGCUGUGGCUAAUGCAGCGGCAGCUCUGGUGUUAAAGGCCAAGAAUGUGGCUCAGAAAACAGAGGAUUCAACUCAACAGAACCGAGUGAUUGCUGCUGCCACCCAGUGCGCCCUCUCCACGUCACAGCUGGUGGCCUGCACACGAGUGGUGGCUCCCACCAUCAGCUCACCUGUGUGUCAGGAGCAGCUCGUCGAGGCGGGGAAGCUGGUGGCUAAGUCUGUGAAGGGCUGUGUGGAGGCGUCACAGGGGGCGGCCAAUGACGAGCAGCUGCUCAGACAGGUGGGCGUGGCUGCCACAGGUGUCACUCAGACUCUUAAUGAGCUGCUGCAGCAUAUCAGACAGUACGCCAGCGGAGGACAGCCGAUCGGACGGCACGGAGAGGCCACUGACCGCAUCCUGGACGUGACGGAUAACAUCUUCAGCUCCAUGGGGGACGCAGGGGAGAUGGUGCGACAGGCCCGGAUCCUUGCUCAGGCCACCUCAGAUUUAGUCAAUGCUAUCAAGGCCGACGCGGAGGGCGAGACUGACCUGGAGAACUCCCGCAAACUCCUGUCUGCGGCCAAACUCCUGGCUGACGCCACGGCCAAGAUGGUGGAAGCUGCGAAGGGUGCGGCUGCUAACCCAGACAGCGAGGAGCAGCAGCAGAAGCUGCGUGAAGCUGCCGAGGGUCUGCGCAUGGCCACCAACGCUGCGGCACAGAAUGCCAUCAAAAAGAGACUGGUCAACAAACUGGAGAAUGCAGCGAAACAGGCCGCGGCGGCCGGCACUCAGACUAUCGCUGCAGCGCAGCACGCCGCCUCCUCCAACAAGAACCCUGCGGCCCAGCAACAACUCGUGCAGAGCUGCAAGGGGGUGGCGGAUCAGAUCCCUCAGCUGGUUCGGGGUGUGAGAGGGAGCCAGGCUCAGCCCGACAGCCCCAGCGCCCAGCUCGCCCUGAUCGGAGCCAGUCAGAACUUCCUGCAGCCCGGAGCGAAAAUGGUGACCGCGGCCAAAGCUACGGUUCCCACCAUCAGUGACCAGGCGUCUGCCAUGCAGCUCAGUCAGUGCUCCAAAACCUUGGCCAGCGCUCUCGCUGAGCUGCGAUCGGCCUCACAGAAGGCUCAGGAGGCGUGCGGUCCUCUGGAGAUUGAUAACGCUCUCACAAUGGUACGGGGGCUGGAGAGGGACAUGCAGGAGGCCAAAGCUUCAGCUUCUGAAGGCAAACUCAAACCCCUGCCUGGAGAAACGCUGGAGAAGUGUUCUCAGGAUCUGGGCUCCAGCACUAAAGCCGUGAGCUCUGCUAUUGCUCAGCUCCUCAGUGAAGCCACCCAAGGCAAUGAGAACUACACAGGUAUGGCUGCUCGUGACGUGGCUCAGGCUCUGCGUUCGCUGGCUUCGGCUGCUCGUGGAGUGGCUGCCAACACCGAGGACCCUCAUGCCCGUAACGCCAUGCUGGACUGCACCGCGGAUGUCAUGGACAAAUCCGCCAGCCUGAUCGAGGAGACCAAGAGAGCCAUUGCCAAACCGGGAGACCCUGACAGCCAGCAGAGACUGGCCCAGGUAGCUAAGGCUGUGUCUCAGGCUCUGAACCGCUCUGUAAACUGUCUGCCGGGGCAGAGAGAUGUGGAUAAUGCCAUCAGAACUGUAGGAGAAGCCAGCAAGAAACUCCUUUCUAAUAAAGUGAGCCCCCUGGCCAUAAAGAUAUUUCACAAAGACAUGGCUGGACAGUCGCAGUCGAAAGAGGACCAGACUCAAGUGGUCACCAACCUGAAGACCAUCUCCAUGUCCUCCAGCAAACUCCUGCUGGCUGCUAAAGCUCUGUCCACAGACCCCAACUCACCCAACCUCAAAAACCAGCUCGCUGCUGCCGCUCGCGCGGUGACAGACAGCAUUAAUCAGCUGAUCAGCAUGUGUACCCAGCAGGCUCCGGGACAGAAGGAGUGUGACAACGCUCUCCGUGAGCUUGAGACGGUCGGAGGAAUGCUGGAGAAUCCCACUGAAGCGGUCAGUGAUAUGGGCUACUUCGACUGUAUUGACAGUGUGAUGGAGAACUCAAAGGUUUUGGGUGAGGCCAUGGCUGGCAUUUCCCAUAAUGCCAAGAACAGUAACUUGCCAGAAUUUGGAGACUCAGUCAGUUCAGCAUCUAAAGCGCUGUGUGGUCUCACUGGGGCAGCGGCUCAGGGGGCGUAUCUGGUGGGUGUGUCUGACCCGAACAGUCACGCUGGGCAGAAGGGUCUUGUGGACCCCUCACAGUUCGCCAGAGCCAAACAGUCGAUCCAGAUGGCCUGUCAGAACCUAGUGGACCCGGCCUGCACCCAGUCCCAGGUCCUCUCUGCUGCCACAAUUGUUGCCAAACAUACUUCGGCCUUGUGCAACGCCUGCCGACUCGCCUCCUCCAAAACAUCCAACCCAGUUGCUAAGAGACAGUUCGUCCAGAGUGCCAAAGAGGUGGCGAACAGCACCGCCAACCUCGUCAAGUCCAUCAAAGCUCUUGAUGGGGCCUUUAACCAGGAGAACAGACUGAAGUGUAAGGAAGCCACUGGGCCGCUCAUCGAGGCUGUGGAUAACCUGACUGCCUUCGCUUCGAACCCAGAGUUUGCUAGCGUACCUGCACAGAUCAGUCCAGAGGGUCUGGCAGCGAUGGAGCCCAUCGUAGCGGCCGCUAAGACCAUGCUGGAGAGCUCUACAGGCCUGAUCCAGACGGCCCGCUCACUAGCUGUCAACCCCAAAGACCCGCCCAAAUGGUCUGUGCUGGCUGAACACUCCAGAACAGUGUCCGACUCCAUCAAGAAACUCAUCACCAACAUGAGGGAGAAGGCUCCAGGUCAGAGGGAGUGUGAUGACGCCAUUGAGGCUCUUAAUAACUGCAUCCGUGAGGUGGACAAGGCGUCUCUGGCAGCCAUCAGCCAGCAGCUCACGCCUAGAGACGACAUCUCCCAUGAGGCUCUUCACGAGCAGAUGGCGGCGUCUGUGCAUGAGAUCAGUAACCUGAUUGAACCGGUGGCCAUCGCGGCCCGCUCCGACGCCUCUCAGCUCGGUCACAAGGUGUCUCAGAUGGUCAGUUACUUUGAGCCGCUCAUCAUGGCUGCCAUCGGUACAGCGUCUAAGAUCCUGAACAGCCAGCAGCAGAUGAGCGUACUGGAUCAAACCAAGACUCUGGCUGAGUCUGCCCUACAGAUGCUCUACACAGCCAAAGAGGCUGGAGGAAACCACAAGGCGGCUCACACGCAGGAGGCUCUGGUGGAGUCGGUUCAGAUGAUGAAGGAGGCGGUGGAGGAUCUGGCUGCGACUCUGUCAGAGGCAGCUAGCGCUACAGGAGCAGUGGGCGGCAUGGUCAACUCCAUCUCUCAAGCCAUCAAUAAGAUGGAAGACGGGCCUGGAGUCGAACCUGAAGGAACGUUUGUGGAUUAUCAGACCACGAUGGUGAAGACGGCCAAAGCUAUCGCUGUCACCGUUCAGGAGAUGGUUACCAAAUCCAACACUAACCCUGAUGAGCUAGGCGGUUUGGCCAAUCAGCUGACCACAGAGUUCGGUGACCUGGCGUCAGAGGCCAGAUGUGCAGCCAUGACUGCCGAGAAUGACGAGAUCGGCUCUCACAUCAGGAAGCAGGUGACAGAGCUGGGCUACAGCUGCACUGGUCUGGUCAGUAAAGCAGGAGCGCUGCAGUGCAGUCCAAACGACUCCUACACCAAGAAAGAGCUCAUCGACAGCGCUCGGAAAGUCUCCGAGAAGGUGUCUCACGUGUUGGCGGCUCUUCAGGCGGGCAAUCGUGGCACUCAGGCCUGCAUUACUGCUGCCAGUGCUGUUUCUGGCAUCAUCGCUGAUCUGGACACCACCAUCAUGUUUGCCACCGCAGGCACUCUCAACCGAGAGAACGCCGAGACGUUUGCAGACCACAGAGAGCACAUCCUGAAGACGGCUAAAGUUCUGGUGGAGGACACUAAGCUGCUGGUGUCUGGAGCAGGAGCGAGUCAAGAGAAACUGGCUCAGGCUGCGCAGUCGUCUGUUAACACCAUCACUAAACUGGCUGAUGUGGUCAAACUGGGAGCGGCCAGUCUGGGCGCUGAAGACCCUGAGACACAAGUACAGACACCCGCUUCCUGUCCUGUCCGCUUUCAAACAGAAAACACAGUUGACCUGCUGUCAGAACGUGUGUGUGCUGCGGCCGGCAAACCUCACGAUGAUCCCGCCAUGUUACAGCUCAAGAACUCUGCUAAGGUGAUGGUGACGAAUGUGACGUCUCUACUGAAGACGGUGAAGGCCGUGGAGGACGAGGCCACUAAAGGCACACGAGCACUAGAGGCCACCAUAGAGCACAUCAAACAAGAGCUGGCUGUGUUCAGCAGUCCAGAUCCUCCUCCAAAGACCGCCACUCCAGAGGAGUUCAUCCGCAUGACCAAAGGCAUCACGCUGGCCACGGCGAAAGCAGUGGCUGCUGGGAACUCCUGCCGUCAAGAGGAUGUGAUCGCAACUGCUAACCUGAGCAAAUUGCUGACAUCAUGCGGUCUCUAUCCACAGAUCAUUCAGAAACCAAGUCAUGACCUUAAACAGCAGCUGGCACACUUCUCCAAACGUGUGGCCGGUUCAGUGACGGAGCUCAUACAGGCUGCGGAGGCCAUGAAAGGUACAGAGUGGGUGGACCCUGAGGACCCGACUGUCAUCGCCGAAAAUGAGCUGCUGGGAGCCGCAGCUGCCAUUGAAGCUGCCGCUAAGAAACUAGAGCAGCUCAAACCCAGAGCCAAACCCAAGGAAGCUGAUGAGAGUCUAAACUUCGAGGAACAGAUUCUGGAAGCAGCCAAAUCCAUUGCUGCAGCCACCAGCGCUCUGGUCAAAGCUGCAUCUGCCGCUCAGAGAGAGCUGGUGGCUCAAGGGAAGGUCGGGGCGAUCCCAGCAAACGCUGUGGAUGAUGGACAGUGGUCACAGGGUCUCAUUUCUGCUGCGCGUAUGGUGGCUGCAGCUACCAACAACCUGUGUGAGGCGGCUAACUCUGCUGUUCAGGGUCAUGCCAGUGAGGAGAAACUCAUUUCUUCAGCCAAACAGGUGGCAGCAUCCACCGCUCAGCUGCUGGUGGCCUGUAAGGUCAAGGCUGACCAGGACUCCCAGACCAUGAAGAGACUGCAGGCCGCAGGUAAUGCUGUCAAGAGGGCAUCGGAUAACCUGGUGAAGGCGGCACAGAAGGCUGCAUUUGAGGCUCACGAUGAUCAGGCUGUGAUGGUGAAGAGCAAGAUGGUGGGCGGUAUCGCUCAGAUCAUCGCUGCUCAGGAGGAGAUGCUCAGGAAGGAGAGAGAGCUGGAGGAUGCCAGGAAGAAGCUGGCCAUGAUCCGACAGCAACAGUACAAGUUCCUGCCGUCAGAGCUCAGAGAGGAUGGACAGGAUCAGUGAGCCGCAUCAGAGACUAAUCAGUGACAUUGAGUUUGAGAAAAGUAAUUAAUGAUAUGCAAUGAGUAAAAAGUGAACUAUGUAUCAGGAUGUCUAUUUUAAGUGUUUUGUUUAUUUCUGUCACUUUUUUGAGAAUUGCCAUGCCAGCUUUAUUGUUUUGUUGUAUUUGGAUAAUAUGCCGCAUAUACAAGUCAUUUUUAAUUUCUUCUAAUAGAUCUAUAAUAUUUGUUUCAGUACUAGAUAGAUUAGAUGAGCAGUGCGUGUUUUGAAAGUUUGUGAUCAUGGCAGGGGCCAAACAGUGUUUGUAAGCUUUUCAAGACAAGAUUUGGACUUUCUCAAUUUGUCUUCUGUUCUUCUGACAGUCGACAGUUUUUUUUUUUCCUCUUUUUCUUAUUUUUUGUGGCAAUUUGGACCAGCGGUGCAAUGAUUAACUUUGCGUUGGAACAAUAAAAAGAGAAAACGUAUCAUUUUCUAAAUAAAAGAAUAAUAAAGCUUUGAAAUGUUACAAACAGUAUCUCUGGGUAAUGUUUUUGCAGUGUCACAGUUUGCAUUUGUGACAACUUGGUUUACAGGCAUUUCUAUCAAAAGUAUAUCUUUUAUAAAGCAUAAAAGCCAUAUUUUCAUUUUUGUUUUUAUAAUGUUUUUUUGUUCUUUUCUUGCAGUUUACUGUUGUAAUUUACUGAUGUAAGUCCCAUUUAGAUGUGGACAGACAAUAUUAGAUUAAAAAAAGAUUUGUAACAGAAGAAUUGGUUCAUUAAAAUGAUUGUGUUAGUUAUUAUAAAGAACUGUUUUAAAUAAAUUAUAAAGACUGUUAUUAAUAUAUCAAAUACAUAAACAGUUUAAUUUUUCACCAUUACUGCCUUUCCUGUUGCAUUCAGUAUGUUCUGAAUCUUGCCUGCCUUUAUAUUUUAUAAUUGUGU